CUUGGUUGGUACAGGAGCAGCCAUGGACCGCGAGGCGCUGAAGCGCGAGUACGAGCGGUUGAAGAACAGACAUGACGAAGUCGACGAGUCGCCGAGGCAGCGCGAGGAGGCUCUCCGUGAGAUUGCGGCCAUGCCGGACAUGAACUUCACCGAGAAGGAGCUGGAUGCGAUCAUGCGGCGGUUUGGGAUCAAGAACACCUACACUAAGCUGACGCGACAAGACUUUCGGCAGAUUAUGAUCGAAGACCUGGACGUGGACGACUUGUUUAUGAUCGACUCGAUCUGGCGAGUGAUCGACAAGUCCAAGUCCAACUCGAUCGAGUUCUCCGAGUUUGUGGAGGCGCUGUCGGUAAUGCUCAAGGGCUCGACCGAGGCGCUGCUCAACUUUUGCUAUCGGGUGUAUGAUCUCAACGAGAACGGGGUCAUCACCCGCGAUGAGGCGCGGCUACUGCUCAAGUCGUCGCUGUCGUCGGACGUCGACGACUUUGAUGUGGACGCCGACAACACGAACCUCAAUCUGCUGCUCGACCUCACUUUCCGCAAGUUUACCAAGGGCGUUGACUCAUCGUCGGUCAUCACCUUUCAGCAGUACGCCACGGCGUUUAUGGAAGAGCCGCUGCUGAUGGAGUGCUUUGGCCAGAUCCUGCCGUACCGCGAGGUUUCGGACGCCAUUCUCUGGGACAUCGAGCACCCACACAGGUGGUGA